AUGGAUAAAGGCGGCGGGUAUUCUGGCAAUAACCCGGCGGCGUUUUAUUCAAGGAUGAUGGGGCCCACCACCACCAACAACAACCAUGCACAAGAUAACAACCACCACACAGCUGCUGUCUUGCCGCCGGCCAGUCAAGAAGGUCGUCCCGAAGAUCAAGGUAUGAGGCGGAGCUCCGCCGCCGCGUUGCUGCAAUCUGCCGCAUCGCCUCUGCAGCCCAUCGCCGGAGAUGGAUGCGAGGAUGCUCCGGCGAAAACCAGCCAUCGUCUGUGUAGGUCCGCCGCCCGUCGCUGCGUCGCAGAUGCAGCCAUACCGUUCGCCGCCGACGGAGUCCGCUCGUGCCCCUAA